AUGAGUGGUUCGGCCCGGUCCCCGGCUCAUUGUGCUCGCCUCACGCAGGCCUGAGUUCGCAGCAGCGCUGGAGGCCCGGGGCCUGUGACCACAAAGAGGGAGCCGGGGGCCGGACGGGAGCGCGGCGGCGGCGGCUGAGGCCCAUGCCAGGCCCCCUCCCCUCACUGCCCGGCUGCCUGUUUGCUCCGCCCCCGCCGGCGGCGCCGCGCCCCUCCCCCAACCGCCAGACUAGCACGGUGCGGGGGCGGCGCGCGAAGACAUGGGGGAGAAGCUGGAGCUGAGGCUGGAAUCGCUCGUGGGGGCCGAGCCCGCCGUCUGCCCAUGGCCGCUGCCGGUGUACGCCCGCCUCCGCUGUCACAGUCCUGCACGUUGUUCCAAGAGCAGCGGAAAAUGAAUCAGCCUCUGGUGGAAGAGAAGCUUCGGGAGGAUUCCAGAAGGAAAUUGCUUCAGCUGAAAGAAAUGAGGAACAGAGCAAACCUCAUUAAAGCCAAUUUGGAAAGGGCAGUAGGUCAGUUACUAGAAAAGAGCACCAGGGUCACAGAGGACAAUAGCAACGUUUGGCAGCAAAAGCGGGCCCUGCAGAAGGAGACCCAGCUCAGCAGCUGCAAAGAGGAGGAAAUCACCCAGAACAUCAAGAAGCUGAAGACAUCCUUAGAGAGUUGCCAGGCAUGCAUGACAAUGUCUUGCUCUAGCAAUGACCUGAAGAAGGAGGUCGACCUCCUACAGCACCUGCAGGUGAGCCCACCUGUCUCAGGGCUCCAGAAGGUGGCACUGGACAUCUUGCGCCUGUCACUGUCCUGGCUGGAGGAAACGGAGCAUCUCCUCCACGAGGUGGGGAUCCAGUUCUCCAGCUCCGACAAAGAUCAUAAGGACCACAUGGAUCGAUCAUUUCUAGACUUAAAGACCCUCGGGAUGGAAAAACAUGUUCGGAAAAUAUUGGAGGUAAAACCUGACUUGCCAACUUUUUCAAGAGUAGAGAUCCGAACGCUUCAAAAUGGCCUUUCCAGCCCAGGGUCCAUCAUGGCCACUGAGAAGUUAUGGAAAACGGAUGUGGCUGAGGCUUUAGAUCUUAGUGAAAAGCUGUACUUGGAUAUGAGCAAAACCCUCGGGACUAUGAUGAACAUCAAAGAUAUGUCAGGUCACGUGUCCAUGAAACACCUCUCCCCAAAAGAGAGGGAGAGAGUCUACCAGCUUCGACAAAGAGACCUCUACCUGGUGUUUGAUAAGAUCACCCUUCUCAAGAACCAGCUGCAGAGGAAAGAAGAGCUUUUGAAACGAUACGAGAAGGACAUUGAACAGCUCAAGUAUGGCCCAUGUCCCCAGCAAAAGGCCCAGGCCUCCAUUCUCCAGGCUAAACCUCGGGGCAGCUCCAGACCCGUAGGGAUCAGGACAAGAGGACAGAGGCCUGGGUGUGGAGGGGGGAGGCGGGAUGGUGACUCAGGGCCUGAUGGACCCAAGUCUCUGGGCAAGAAAGCAGCAGUUAAAGUACCGUACUGUUAAGGAAUAAGGUGCACCUUUUAUAAAUGUGUCUGAUGUUUCA